AGGCUGCCUACCGGAAACCCAGACAGGAACUACGAGCUGGAAAUAGUCAUCCGUGUCGCUGAUGCCUUGGGCGCCUUCGCCAACACAAGUGUUACAACACAUGUCAGACCACCUGAACAUGUAGAGGAGUUUCUAGAGACGGUUUUAGACAAUUUGGACGUCGACGACGUACAACAGACUACGUCAUCAAUUACCAGCGUGGCGUCCGUGCUGAACGUCGCCAAUGGAUCAGAUGUCGAGGAUACGACAAGGAUCGAGGCACGUGACCGGAUGGUGGAUAUCCUGGAGCAGGUGCAGGUGCUGGAUCUGCAGCAGGUGAAACAGGUGUCUAGCACGCUGGAACACGUGAUCAACAAACCUGAAGAACUGUCUGAUGAGUCUCAAGUAAAGGCGGCUGAUACAUUAAAAACCUUAGAAGAGGUGUUGACGACUCAGUCAUCUGAACUAGGGGCAGAAGAACUAGAGAAAACAGCUGCGCAUCUUGUCUCAGGUGCUGUGAACGUUUUGGAAGCUUCCAGUCAAAGCGCAGGCAAGAAGAGGGAGGAGGCACAACUUCAGAACAGAACCUCGGACUUUCAAAAGAACGAGGAGGCGACAACCACGGCUUUCCAAGCUAUUGACAACCUAGCCUUGGCGAUGAUAGACAGGAAGUACCGGGACGAAAAACCGACUUUGGUCCAAGCUAAAGAUUUCCUGAUGUCCCUGGCGAGGUCCGGGUGUGAGGGGCCCGGCGCACGGUUCAUACAGACAGGCGGGGAGACAAAGGCGUAUUUCCAGAUACCUAAAAAUACCACUACGAAUCUUUGUAUCAACGGCACUGUUGGAUCUCAGACUUAUUUCACACCUCAAAACCCCUUCGAGUACGCCAAUAACGCCGAGGACGUCAGGACACCGGUUCUCGGACUUUCUGUUCUCGGUGACAGACGGAAACUUAUCGUCAGAAACCUCGAAGACGACGAAAGUAUCGAAUCAAUAAAUCCAGUACAAAACACUGCCACACCGGUGAAUGGUACAGCCAUGUCAUCUAACAGCAGACAAAUAACGGUACACAGAUUCAACACGUCAGAACCAGGUGUGGCCUUUUACGUCCGCGUCAACCCUGACGUCAGCGGCGAUGACGCCAACGUCACAUUAAGGGCUUACCUGAAGCGCGGCGACGUGGUCACACCUGGUGACUACAGCCACAACGUCACGCUGACACGGACUGGGUACACCUCAGACGGACGAACUAUGACAGGCAUGCAGCCGUACAGCUGGUUUUUAAACCAGUCAACCCUAAACAUCAGCGACGAACAAGAAACGUGGGCAAUAGGAAUCCAAAGAGUUCCAACCGUUGAUGAGAAUGGGGAAAUAUCCGACUCCAGGGUUCUCUAUAACACCAGCAUCACUGCCUACAAAUGCAUCUCAUUUGAUGAAACAAUGAAAACGUGGACUGACAACGGAUGUAAGGUUGGAUCUAAGACGACCGGUGAGCAGCUACACUGUAUCUGUGACCGGUUGACGCCGGCCUUCGCCGGUUUUGUUGCGCCCAACCCGCUGGACCUGGGGAGUUCCUUUACCUUUAACCUGGACAGAAGUGUGAUCGCCCUGGUGACUGUGUGUGUCGUCAUGGCGCUGUACAUCGUGGCUGUCUUCAUCGGGAGGAGCGCGGAUCUGAACGACGAACGGAAGCGACAAAAGCUGUCAAAGACGAAGGGAAAUGGUUACCUGUCUCAUCACCUUUGGGUGUCUGUCGUCAAGUUUCCUUCAGGCCACUUCACCCGGGUACAGAGGAUCUCGUGUUGUCUGUCUCUCCUCAUGUCCUUCAUGUUAGUCAACAUCAUGUUCUACCGGGGAGACCGGGACCUCCUGUCAAAGGUCACGAUAGGAGACGUCGAGUUGUCUCUGCCCUUCAGCUUGACCUCCUUUAUAAUCGGUCUACAAAGUUCCCUCAUCGCUCUACCAAUCAACGUGUUCAUCGUGGUGCUUUUCCGGUACUCCGGGACAAGGCAGGAAGCGUCCACGUCUUUACACACGUCCAAACCGAAGAACAAAUCACGUUACGGCGUCACGCUUAAAGAUCAGCACAUCGGAGAACUUGUUCUUCCUCGAUACCUGCCGAAGGUUCAAAAUUUGAGGUCGGAGUUUAACGCAGAGUACACCGCCGACCCGACCGCAUAUAUCGACAGGCUAAAGAAAGAUGCAGCUCUGAAGAAAGUGGAUACCAGAUACGUCAUUAAGAAAGAAGGGUCGAAGGUCACAGUGGACCAGAGGCCGUACCGACCAUUUCCUUGGUGGUGCCGCAUAGUGGCCUGGCUCCUAGUGGCCGCCAUAGUGGUGGUGUCUGGAGCCUUUACUGUCCUGUACGGUAAUGAAUACGGCAGGGCAAAGUCUCAAUCCUGGCUCUUCGCCUUUCUUAUCUCCUUCCUGACUGACGUCAUCAUCCUUCAACCAAUCAAAAUCAUUCUGGUCAUCAUCUUCUUCAAACUCGUCACCAAGAAAACCAAAGUUACUCCAGAGACCAUAUCCAUGAUUCAGAGCCGAAUGGAUUUAAUGGAAGAGAAAAUAUGGGAGAGAAGAAGAAAGAAAAUUCUCCACUCAUACCAGAACUAUUACGUUAGAGAGCCAGCUUCACUACAUGGGUACACCAAUACGAGAAACAUACCGCUAAGGGGACAUUUCGAGCAUCGAUACGUAUAAAUAAGUACCUCAAGUCCAAAGGUUCCCCCUAGA